GCCAUGUAGGCUCAGAGGCUUUCUCCAGAAAUUCCAUGUUGUGGAGCACAGCACAAGUAUAGAGGGGGUAGCCUGUCUUUUCAGCAAAGAGGGAAAAUGAGAGUCAGCGAUAGAGGGUGGGCCUGCACAUAGAGGUAGCAAAGCACCAGUGUGUUACUGGUCUUGGUCCAUCUGUGGCUGGAGCUACAGACUUCACAGAGGGAAAGGAGUAGUUGGGUGAGUAGUGAAAGGGGCCAGAAUGGUUUCCAGGGGGGGAAGGAGAUGUCAGUGAGUUAAGAAGAGUGGAGAAAGUGCUAAGGAGUAGAAGUUCAGUUUGUGUUCAGACAAAAUGCAUCACGGUUCAUCUGGCUGCUUCCAACCAUCUCUUUUAUGUCCUAUUGUUCUGAUAUGAACUUAAUAAUAUUUCUGCUGCAGCGGAGCUUCUGCAGUGGAUCAUCAGCCACUGUCCUCUGCACUGUGCCAGCAUAAAGGAACAUAUCCCUGAUGUGCUGGGCUUGUAGUCUGAGCAGAAGACAGCGUAAAAGGUGGAUACAGUAAUUAUGUUUCUUUGUCAAUAUUUGAAACACAAAGGGUUGAUAAUCUUCGUGACUUAUUGUAGGUGCAAACAUUUUCUGUUUCAUUUUUUUUUCCAGAAUUUGAACAAAUCAGGAUGGUGUGUGGCUGCGGGUUUUCUGUAACUUGAAGGGCACAAUAUUAAAGUGACAAAUGAGCUGUUUUUCCGGGGGAAUGGUAGAGAGAUCAUUUGAAUUUGGGGUCUGGAAGCUGACGUGGCCUCUGCAUCUUAAAAAGAAAUAAAUGGAAGAUUUGGAGACUAACUUAAUCCAGACACGCAAAGCAUGUAGGAUAGAGCAAAUGGUAGCAAAAUGGCUUCAUCGCUCUCGGGAUGGUGCAUCCAGUGGCAGAGUGCCUGUGACAGACAUCACCAGCGAUGGCAGUGGCCAGCCUCCCAGCCGUGUCAAACUUACUGUCACAGUGUACAAAGACUUGGUCCUCCAUCACUACGGCUUUGAGAUUUGUCCAGACCUUCCUCUUACAAUCGCAUCUGUCACUGCAGGGAGCACUGCGGAUGGGAAGCUGCUGCCAGGUGACCAGGUGCUCCGGAUAAACUCUACCAUGGUGGAGGACAUGUCCAUUGAACGAGUGGCUGACAUCAUCAGGGAGGCCGGUGAUGAGCUCCUCCUCACUGUCCUGCGCUGCACGUCGGGUGGGCCUAAGUCGUCGUUUCUCACUGAGGAGAAGAGGGCAAGGCUGAAAACAAACCCCGUGAAAGUGCGGUUUGCAGAGGAAGUGCUGGUGAACGGACACGCACAGGGGAAUUCUCUUCUUUGUAUGCCAAAUGUUCUCAAGGUAUACUUGGAAAAUGGGCAGACAAAAGCUUUCAGGUUUGAGACGAGCACUACUGUAAAGGAUAUCGUUCUCACCUUGAAGGAGAAGCUCUCCAUCCAGAGCAUCGCGCAUUUUGCCCUUACCCUGGAGGAGCAGUACAACGCAGCGAAGAUCCACCUGCUGCAUGAGGAGGAGCUCAUUGAGCAGGUUGUCCAGAAAAGAGAAUCCCAUGACUGUCGGUGCCUCUUCAGAAUUUGCUUUGUCCCGAAGGAUCCCUUAGACCUGCUGCAGGAAGACCCAGUUGCCUUUGAGUAUCUCUACCUGCAGAGCUGCAGUGAUGUGCUUCAGGAGAGGUUUGCUGUGGAAAUGAAAUGCAGCGUGGCGUUACGUCUGGCUGCUCUGCAGAUUCAGGAACGGGUCUACACUUGUGCUCAGCCACAGAAAGUAUCCCUGAAAUAUAUUGAGAGGGACUGGGGAAUUGAAAACUUCAUCUCACCAACUUUGCUUCGAAACAUGAGAGGGAAGGAUAUAAAGAAAGCCAUCAGCUACCACAUGAAGCGGAACCAGGUCCUCCUGGACCCUCGGCAGAAGCAUAUGCUUGCAGCAGUCCAAGUGCGCCUGAACUACUUACAGAUACUGGGAGACCUGAAGAUGUACAAUGGGAAGAUCUUCAAUGCCACCCUGAUGCUACAGGACAGGGAAUCGUACGUCGCCUUGCUGGUGGGUGCCAAGUACGGGGUGAGCCAGAUAAUCAAUAGUAAGCUCAACAUCAUAACCAGUCUGGCUGAGUUCACGAACAUCAGCAGGGUGGAGCUUACAGAAGAGUCAGAGAAAGUGAGCACGGUGAAAAUCUACCUGCAGGAUCUGAAGCUGCUGACUCUGCUGCUGGAAUCAAACAGUGCGAAAGAUCUUGUCUGCCUCAUCGUUGGCUAUUACAGACUGUUUGUGGAUGCAAAUGGCUCCAUAUUUACUUGGGGAGAGAAAAGACAGCAACUACACCGUGUCUCAGCUGAAGAAGGGUAUGAAUCUCGAACCUGCAGUGAUUCCGAGGACUCCUGGGAGCUGGAUUCCUCCUCAGAGCGCUGUUUGGGCACACCUGCAGCGUACAGCAGCACCCAUCUGGAGCAUGAGAAGGAGAAGCUGGGAGAGCUUCACAGCCUGGAGAAGGACAGCACAGAGCCCCAGGCUGGAGGAAAUUACCCACGCGAUGGGGGUGACAAUGCAACAGACAGCACAUCUGAUGCUUCUGAUUCAGCCAACACGGAGAGCCGAGGGUUUAAGACAAGUGGCUCAAGUGACUCGAUGGAUGCACUGGAAGAAGAUGAGCUGGAAGCUUGCUCUUCCUCCAGGCCAGAGUUUUUCCACUUCUACACCCCCACUGUGCAUGAGAUGAACAGCUUGGACAAGAGCUUCUUCCCCAUUUGUGCUACAGGAGGCUCUGGCAGAGAGGAAGCCAGAGACUACUUCUGUUUCUUGCAGGUACCAGAAGCAGAGAAGCAUGGGUGUAAGCACAGCCCCUCUGAGCAGAGAGGGGUGGACAUUAAUGUGUCUGUGCUGGGGACCAAGCUGUCUGAGAGAAACUCCAUGGGCUAUUACAGCCUGUGCUGCAGCAUAUCCCCCGCAGGCAGCGUGGAGGGGAGCAACAUCAGUCACGGCCAUGAAAGAAGUCCUUGGAAAGAUGAGUCUGCCCAGGAAGAGGUACCCUGCGGAGCAGAGCAGGUGGCAGAAGCGAGUGAUCUCAUUUUGGAGCCCCCCCUGGGCUUUGGUGACACCAGCUCUGAGGAGGAGUUCUACGAUGCUGCUGACAGGCUCAGCCCCCCCUGUUCCCUGGCAGCAGGCUGCCAGACGACAUCCCAGGAGAGUACAGAGGAUAACUGCAUCCUAAAGAAACCGAGAUGUUACAGCCUGGGAGAAAACUUGAUAUCAAGGCAGACAGCAAAGGAGAAAUACGGAGAGGAGAAGCAGCUGAUAUAUUCCAAGAGCUUGAGGAAGAGGAGAUCUUUUCUGAAAACCAAUUACACCUCUCAGGUCACUUUCCCAUUGGCUUUACCAGGCUCUCUGCAGAGCUGCUGCUCCUGGCCACCCACGCCACUGCUCCCUGCUCAGCCCUCGGAUCCACCUUCCUCGGAGAAGGAUGCAGAAGGGGGAACACCUGCCCCCCAGGCCCAGGGAGACACUGCUGGCACAAACUCGUCCUCUGGUGUGAUGGAAAUGGAGCCUGACACCAUGGAAACAAAGUCAGUGACUGAUUUGGUGGUUUCUUCCAUUUCAGCUGUUCGCCUGCAAGGUGACCACGGGGAGGAGAGUGCAGAUGUUGCUGUACAUGUGGACAAACUCUGUCCUGCACGUGCUGUUCACCUAACUUCCCUGUUCCCAGAGGAGGCCGUGCACCUUCCCCGGGAACAAAGCAGUGCUGUCCAGGAAAGCCCCACAGUGAAGUGGCCAAGUGAUGAGAGUUGUGUAACCACCAGAGACCAGCUAGCCCAAGCAGCACCGGAAGGGGAGUGCGAUGUGAUGGAACCCAAGCACCAGGCUGGCAGUGUCCCUCUGUUCCAGGGCCAAGAGAUGACCUGCCCCGCUAAUGAGUGCACUCUGCCACCGUCAUCUUGUGGUGCUUUUCCCCACGGGGUGGCCAAGGACCAGGAUCUGCUUCCCGCUGCUCAGAGGCAAGCAGCAUGUGAGGGGCCUGUCCUGGCUCCCUGUGGUGAAGAAGGAAAAGCUAACCUUGACAGCUGUGCUGAUAACAGGAGUGACAGUGCCUUGUCACAGGCAAAAAACGGACAAGCAAUAAGCACGGAGGCCUUAAAGAAAGUGCACAAUAAAAAUCAUGUGGGUUUUCCAGGUGCAACACAGCUUUUAGCAAAUGGCAGCAGCAGUUCAGGGAUUAUAGCUCACCUCUCCUGGCUCUCAUUUCAGGUGAGGUCAGACCUAAUGUCACCCAACCCAUCUCAGAAGAGAGGACAUGACCCGCUAGAGCUUUUGGACUCUCGGAGGACCACUCUGUGCAUGGGGGAUGAUACUGUCAGAAAGGAGAUGCAGACAUCGUCAGCUAUGCUACCUCUUGAGAAAGAAUUGGAAAGCAAGCAUGGGGUGGCUGAAGGGGAGCCCAGAAAAGACGCAGAAGAUGUGGCUCUUGAGCAUCCUUUGCCUGUUCAGACUCCUUUUCUUAAAGAACAGUCUACCGCAAUGGGGAAAGACUUUCUCCAAACCAGAGAGCUUUCCAUCUCCUCAGAUGCAGUUCCCCUGGGCUCAGUGGGGAAAAGAGAAGGAGACUAUGGGGAUUCACAUCACUCCUUCCUCUGCUUUAAUCACAAAAAGAAUGAGCAGGCUGCUGCUGGACCCAGCAUGACCACGUCUUUGGGAUUUUCUGUGAUGAAGAAGACAUCGGCACAAUUUGGGAUGGACAAGUGCAGCUGUCAGCUGUCCUAUGUCAGCUGCUUCCAUAGGCCUGAUGAAGACAGAAAGCAGGAAACCACCAUUCCCGUGUGCAGCAUGUUUCUGCAGCCUGUCACUACCCCACCAUCCACCAGCUGCAGUCUUCCUGGGACCCCUGUGGGUAAUUACCCCGUUACCAUUGCUUGGGACAGGGCGCUGGGCAAUGAAGUCCAAGCCCUCAGCCACCUGAAGGACCAAGCAUGGACGAGCCCUGCAGAUUUCCCCUGCUUCCUAGCCUACACUACAGAGCUCCAGGAGGUUGUGGGGAACCUCUCUGGGAACCAAGCAACCCACCUGCAAGAGCGAUGUGCAGAGCAGGGUGCUGAGAGCAAAGACGCCCUUGGCUCAGCCUCUCAGGACCUGCUGUCCAGUUGCGAGGAGCUCCUGAAAACAGAGCGUCCACUGGAAGAGCUGCAGGAGGUGUUGAGGGUGACCUUUGACCACCUGGUUCAGCUGGCAGUGGCCUGCUUCCAGGUGACGCAUUGCCAGCUGUGCAGGCAGAGGCAGCAGGAGCUCAGGGCUGCGCUCGUGGACGUGGUGGGCACCUACCACCAGCUCGUGCAGGCUGUUCACCAGCAGCUUCGCAGGCAAGGCUGCCCAGACCUGGGUACCACGCUCCUGACACGCCAGCACACAGCCCUUGCUGCUGCCAUGUUUUGCCUCCUGCAGCAGUUCAGGGUGCCCCCAUUGAUGUGACAGGCCAGUUAGGGAGUGUGGAGGAGCCUAGCCACAUUUCAUUCACGUAUCACUAGGCUCUCCCCCUCAGGACAUUUAACCCCCACAGCUCAGCAAAUGGUCAUGGAAGGGCACCUCCGUGUGUCAGCUUCCACCAACAGCUGCCUAGUGCAGGGGUGGCCAUGGGACAGAGCAUGUGCCGCCCCAGCCUCGCUUUAUCUAGUGCUGCUCUGCGUCAUGUGCAAACUCACAGAGCGCUUCAUAGCUUAUCUGUGUAGCCUGGGAUCUGUCCUUCCGCUCCCCAGCACCUUGCAGAUAGCCAGUCAGAGGGAGUGCUGUCCUGGCCUUCUCUGUCACCUGUGGAGCAAGCACCCCAGGCAGAGAGGUGACCGAGCGAGCACUGAAGGAGAAUGAGAUCAGAGUCCAUCCUGGUCCACCGGGGAGAGCCGGGCUGUUCUGCCUACCCUCUGUGGUGGAACUGUGAUGGAAACCACUUUGGGAAAAAGAAUUACUCUGCUUAGCUUCUUCUCCUUGCAAGGGUGGAGAAGGUUGUCCCAGGCUGGGGAUGCAGCACCAUGUCCUGUCCUGCUGUAGUUUCUGCGUGUCAGCCUUAUCUACUUACAGUUGCUAAAACGCUGAAGAAAGUCCCUAAUCAACAGCCUCCCCCAGUGCUAGCCUUGCCAUGAUGUAGCUACCUAAUGAUCCCUGUCUUCCAAAAAAGGGGAUAAGUCUUGAAGACAGAAGUGCCAACUUUGCAGCUGUUGACAUAACCCAUUAUGCCAGCCUCCCUUGAAGGCACGCCACUUUUCCUGACCUUCUUGUCAAUAGUUGCAUAAAGUGCUAGGUAUCCCUAGCUAGGUAUGAGCUGUUAGCCCUUAAACCUAUCCUAAUUACUUGAGCACCUCAGUGAAUGUGUGCCUUCCAGAGCUGGAAGCACCUCCUCAGCAAUCUGGUGAUAAAGAGGGUUGCAGCAGGCCCCUGGCUGCUGGUGUCUGACCCAGGGACUUGUUUGGGAAGGGUGAUGCUUGCAGCAGGUCAGUCCCUGCAGCUGUGUGCCUGGGAUGGAGGGGGCUGCCCAGGCAGCAGGCAGGCUCCCAGCCGCCUCGUUCCAGGGGAGGCUAGCUGUGGUAAAGAACACUCCCCACAUGCAGCACAUAAAAGAUGGAGGCAGCUGAAGAGGGGUGGGGAGCAGUGGUGGUGUGCUGGAUGGAUGCUCUAGCAGCACUAAGGGACCCCCAAACCAGGGAGAUCAUAGAAACACAGAGCAGCUUGGGUUGGAGGGGACCUUAAAGCCCACUCAGUUGUAAUCCCCUGCCAUGGGUUGAGGCUGCACAGCGCCCUGUCCAGCCCAGCCUUGGGCAUCUCCUGGGAUGGGGCAUCCACAUCUGCUCUGCCUAACCACAGGCAGCCUGCUAUCCUGGCUGCAGAGGCCAAAGUGCUUUCAGCCACGUGGCAAGGUAGCUGAGUACAUCACCCAAGCAGGAUUUCCUGACAGUUCAUCACUGGCAGGUGGUUUCAGCUAAUGUGUGGUGCUGCCCAGCAAAUUCAGGGGCUGAAUCAGGAAGGUGAAAUCUUACGCUGAAGCCAAAAUGCUGCCCCUGCUGUGACAUCUAAUUAGCUGCUAGCAGCUGAUGAGCGCGGAACAUGAAUACAAACAAGAAGAGCCCAUAGGACACAGUAAAGCAACAGGCACCUGCAAACACAAGGUCAGCCUCUGUGGGGAGGAAGCAGCUGCUGACAGUGUGUCUUAUGAGGGACACUGAAUUCCUGGUGGUGUCAAAGGCCCUUGGUGUGAAGGGGAAAUGAAGAUGGACGCAAAGGCGACAGGAAUUAACUUACCUGCAGAGUCCUCCAAGUCUUUCUUGGGGUGGCCAGACAGUCGCUGAUAGUGAGUUUGGCUUUUCUGUUUGUUUGCAGGGUUUUUUUAACCAACGGUGGCUGCAGCAAUCUUACAUGCACCAGAAGUGGUCCCUGCUCAGGCUGUAGUGUGUCACUGCUCGGUGCAGAGCGCAGCCAACUCCCAGAUCACUUUCCAGGAGGACCACGGGGUUAGUGAACCUCACAGAUUAGUAUGGGAUGACAGACAAGACACUGGUUACUGUAAGGAGGCAAUAGAAAUUUAAAUACUUUAUUUUAGAGAGAUUGUGACCAGCAUGCACAGGAUUCACUACAGGCUUCAGCAACACACCAAGACACUAAGUCAUACAACAAGUAUGAAGAUAUGGUGCAUCUGGGCACUGCUGCUCUAUUAACUGUGGAUUGCUUCCCAUCCUGUGCUCAGUCAGAACAAUACUGUCCUGUUCUGUGGGAAGGACUUUUAUUAACUGGUGUGCUCUACAAUUCUUCCUGUUUAAUCCUGAUUUAAAAAGGGAAAAAAAAAAAAAAAAGAAAUCCUAC